AUGAGCUCCACGAAGUCGUCUGUCAGGUACCCCUGGACAGAGGAGAGGCUGCUGGCGGCGCCGCCGCGCGACCCCGCCUCUCAGCUGCCCAAGCCGCCACGGCCGCUUCAAGUGACCUACCCUUUCAGCAGCGACGACCUGCUGCGAGAGCAUUACCGGUCACCGUGGGGCGAGGUGCGGAUAGGGAAGAUUUUGGAAGACCUCGACUCCCUCUCAGCCCUCAUCGCCUUUGAGCACUGCAACGUCGCUGACCUGGCCUCGCGCCCGCCGCUGCUGGUGACGGCGGGUGUGGAGGCCAUAGAGCUCCGCAGCAGCAGGCUGGAGCUGCGGGAGGACAUGAAGAUGAGCGGGCGCGUGGUGUGGGCUGGCAGCAGCAGCGUGGACAUUGGCAUGGAGCUGGAGCAGGCGGGGCAGCUGCAGCUGACGGCGCUGUUCACGUUUGUGGCGCGAGACAUGCUGACCAACAGGCCGCACCCCAUCUCGCCGCUACACCCCAAGACUCGCCAGGAGCGGGAGCAGUUUUGUGAGCGGGAGGUCAUCAACCAGCGGCGCAAGGAGGCGCGGGCAGCAGCCAAGGGCAGCACAUCUCUACAGCAAGCAGCCAGCCUGGAGGAGGCGCGGUGGGCGGAGCAGCUGCUGGCGGUGGCAAAGACCAAGAUGGACCUGCCGGCACUAGCGGACUCCAACCUGCUCCUGAUGGAUGACACCUCGCUGGAAAACACCUUCACCUGCCAGCCGCAGAUGCGCAACGUGCACGGCCGCGUGUUUGGCGGCUUUCUCAUGCGGCGCGCCUUUGAGCUGGCCCACUCCACCACCUACCUCUUUGCCGGCUGCAGGCCGCGUGCCGUGGAGGUGGAGCAGGUGACCUUCCGGCGGCCGGUGAACAUCGGGGACCUGAUGCGCCUCAAGUCGUGGGUCACGCACACCUGGGUCUCGCCUCACAACCCUGAGCAGGUGCUGGUGGUGCUGGACGGCAUGGCGCAGCUGCAGGUGGAGGCGUCGGUCACGCAGCCCGAGCGGCGCAGCAGCGUCGUCACCAACACCUUCCACUGCGUGUUCAGCUUUGAGCUGCAGAGGGAUGAGGAGGGGGCCCCCGUCCCGCCCAAGCGCGUGCUGCCAUCCACAGAGCAACAAGCGCUUAAGGUCGCUCGCGCCGUGUUUGGCCGGGAGCUCCCAUUCUAG